UAGCUGGCCACUUCCGUGAGAAAGCCACGCUCUCUUUUUCUAAAAUCGCGACCACGAUGUCUACACAUAAGAAGAAAACUAGGAAGCUCCGUGGCCAUGUAAGCCAUGGUCAUGGUCGCAUAGGUAAGCACAGAAAACAUCCUGGUGGUCGGGGUAAUGCUGGUGGUCUACACCAUCAUCGUAUUAAUUUUGACAAAUAUCAUCCUGGUUAUUUCGGAAAGCUUGGUAUGCGAAAUUAUCACUUGAGGCGCAAUACGAAAUGGUGUCCCGCGUUAAAUUUGGAUAAAUUGUGGACAUUAGUGUCUGAACAAACCAGACUUAAGUAUAAGACUACAGAAAAAAAAGUACCAGUAAUCGAUCUCGUACAAGCGGGAUACUACAAACUUCUAGGAAAAGGACGCCUUCCUAAUCAACCAGUUAUUGUUAAAGCUAAAUUCUUCAGUAAACUGGCAGAGGACAAGAUCAAGGCAGUUGGCGGUGCUUGUGUCCUCUGUGCCUGAGUAUGCGGGAAUUGAAACUUUGACAAAUCAACCUGCUGUACAUUCUACGUUUAUACUCUUAAUAAAAUUAAAAAAAAAAAAGGAGUAACAUUUAUUUAUUUAUUUAUGUUGUGUACUUAAAAACAUGUUGUUAAGAAAUGUUUAAACACUUGUAAAAAUUUUAAAUAUUUACCCAUUAACUAUGGUGAUUGCA